AUGGCGACUUCGAUGGGUCUUGUUCCAAAUCCUUCCGAGUUCGAGGCCUUGCAAGAAACAUACGAUCUUUCUACGGUUGACGGAGUGGAUUUUCCGGCUUCUGGUGUCGUGAUCACUUCGCCUCCUUUUGGGAAGAUUGUCGUUUAUCUAAAGACGCUCGACGUCGGUCUCUGCCUCCCUCUGACUAACUUCCAGGAUGAGCUCCUUCGUCGCAAUGUGUGUAACAUCCAAAUGUUGACCCCUAACGCGGUUCACAAGAUUGUAGCUUUCGAGAUGAUCUGCCGGGCCAAUGAUAUCAUCCUAGACUUCUUCUUCAGGUACUUUUUCUGGUUUGGGGCCAUCAGCGACAAAUAUACAUUCUUCGCCUGGAGGUCAUAA